AUGAGUAAAAUAAUCAAUGCGCCGCGUUUGCCGGCCUCAAAGGAACUUGCCCAGGCUCGUCAAUGCAACCAGCAUGGUGGCAAAUACUGCUGGGUCCCUUGUGGAGGUGAUACUGCAGCUUUAACAUCCUAUGGAAUAAACCUCAAGGCCAAUCUUCACAUCCAGAUCACUGAUUCCGAGUUUGAGAUGUGGCUUGAUGAAGUGCUUGCAAAUAAUGCUACAGUUCGCUCUCCUGAUACUCUCCUUGCCAGACAAAUUGCCCGCCGCUAUUCCCAAAUGCUUGCAAAAAAGGCUGAGCUAUCUCAACCUGUUCCAUCAGCCACUAAUUCAUUCGAAACACCUCGUUUUGCUCGCACAUUUACAGCACUUGGUCCACCAACACCUCAACGAUUCCUUGCCCGCUCUCAGUCUGUGCCUAUUUCUGGCGAGUUAGGUCCAUCUGAGAGUAAUCGCAGGAGACCUAUUGGCUCUGGGAAGAGGCAUAUUCCCAUAAACGAGUGGCUGGCAUCACUCAGAGGGCGUAUUGAGGGUGAUAACACCAACUAUCAGGCACUUUUGCAGCCGCUCUUAGCAGAAGAUAUACAAAGUACAUUAGAGAUCUGUCUCUUGGGUAAAGAGGGUCUUGUUGGUAUUGGCGGCAUUGCCAAGGGGACUGCUGCACGACUUGAGGCCUGGGCCCGUGAGGAUACUGAUCAGAAAAUUGGAUCCAAGACACACGUAGUAUCAAUAUAG